UUGAACGUAUGACGCCUCGACCCCACUUUCGGAAAGAGUCCGUCUGUCAUACGUCGAUUGACUUGUCGGGAGUUGAGGUAUGAAUGACGACCUUGUGUCAUUCUCGUUGCAUCUAGCCUCAUGGAUAGCGUCGGGAGCGAUGGUGUUUGGAGGGAUUGUGCCGUAUGUACCUCAGUACAGACACAUUCUGCGAACUAACAGUGCCGAAGGCUUUUCACUUCACGUCUGUCUCGUACUCUUGGUGGCCAAUAUACUGAGGAUCUUCUUCUGGUUUGGAAAUUACUACGAGCUUCCUUUGUUGGCACAAAGUAUCAUAAUGAUUAUCACAAUGCUCAGUUUAGUACGCCUUUGUGUUCGAGUUAACGCAAAUUCAGAGGUCUCUCAACGAAGACGAGCAUUCACAGAUUUUGAUUUUACUUAUUUCUGGAAGUGGACAAAGUUUCGUGACUACCUUGAGUUUUUACUAUUCUUUUCAUUGCUGGUUGGCAUGAUCACUUACUACCUACUGGAUGUCUACGUGUAUGUCCAGUUGCUUGGGUUUUGUUCCCUUCUAUUGGAAGCUCUACUCGGAUUGCCUCAAUUGUACAAGAACUGUGUCAGCGGAUCAACCGAGGGAAUGUCGACGGUGAUGGUCUUGUGUUGGACGAGUGGUGAUUUCUUCAAGACUGGAUACUUCCUUGUUCGUAAAGCUCCAGAACAGUUUUGGCUGUGUGGCAUGCUGCAGGUAACGGUCGAUAUAGGAAUUCUUUUGCAAGUAGCAUUUUAUAGAAACAGAUUGAGGCAGCUUGCUAUAGUUACGCAGCAUAGUGCUGCAACGCAGGCUUAAUUAAUAUAUCUUUUGUGAAAUUAUGUAGAUACAGUUGACAUUUUGUUUAAUGUGAGUAGUGAUUUGGAUUCUAUGGUAAUUGUAUUACAGUCAGACGUGG